AUGGAUCGACCGGAAAAAAUUGUUGUGGAGAGAACCAUCUUCUUUGUUGUUCCCUCCAAACCUCAUCGAUGCCCAAAAAGCGCUUCUCGACUCAAUACGCAAAACCUCAGUCUACCGUCCAUCCUUCACUCAGUUCAUCUUCGAACCCCUCCACCCGUCUGUACCGACCCCACAUACCAAACCCACCUACUAACAUUUCUUUUUCUAGACAACGAUGCGCCACCCUCCGUAAACGAGCUCAUUUCGUCUCUCAGAAAAAGCAAUAUUUCAACAGCCUCAGCAGUCCCCUCUACAACCAUAACCCCUACUCUGCCCCCACACCUACGCCAGCUGCUCUCUCAGCCUGAAACGCCUCCCCCUCCACCCCGCGUCCGCGAUCGCAGGAGGAUCGAUGCGAACGGCAGGCGUCUUCCGGCAGGACCCGCUGCUCCCCGAAGUUGGGCACUCGCAGGAUCCAGAUGGACCCCAUCGACUUCUGCGUUGAGGACAAGGGGAGAUGAGCGCUUAUUUCCUGCAGAAGUGGAACACCUCCCUGGGUUGCCCGCAGAUGGCAGCGAUGGGGGGCCGAGAAGGCUGGACAAUUCAUGCAUGAGAGUUAUUGCGCGUAACUGGGAGUUUGUUAAGGAAUACGAGAAGAAUUACCUUGCAGAUUUGCCGACAAGGUUGCGGAUCCUACUUUUGAGCAAUAUUGCGGUGUAUGGACCGGAGGAGGGCAUAGGGUUGGAAGGACUGAAAAGCCUACUUAUUUUACCAACUGCUGAAAGUGGUGUCACAGUCAAUACAGACCGGAAUGAAGGAUUCUACCGACUCGAUCUCUCAGGCUCGGUCGGACGAUCGGUCUCUUUCAAGCAGCUUUCAGCACUGCUUCAGAAAUCUGAACAGCCAGCUGAAGAUCUCGAGGACGAAGUCUCAUGGGAGGAGGCAAGUAUCUCUCGAUCUCUCAGCCCGCCAAUACCACACCUCACGCACCUAUCACUCUCACAUCCACCAUCCACAAUAUCCUGGCCGAAAUUCCUGACGUUUACCAAGCACAUCCCAACACUUACACAUCUUUCCCUUGCAUACUGGCCCGUUCCAUCCUUAACUCCAAAUGCCAAUACCACAGUAAUGGCCUCGAGUAUUAGAGGAGAUAUACAAUAUGGAGGAACGAACUUCUAUUCUCACAGCCUCGAUAACGACUUCCGUGAAGCAAGUCUGGUGCUACACAGAUUAGCAAAGAGUCUGUAUUCGCUGGAAUACUUAGACUUAAGCGGUUGCGCUGAUUGGAUUCGAGCCCUUCGAUGGACUAGUGAUGAGGAUGAAUCAGGCGGGAGUCUGAAUUGGUCUUCUCAAUGGACCAAACUUCUGGCUCUCCGUGUUCAUAGCGGGAUAACUCUCUACAAGGAUAGCAAAUUUCCAGAAGUCGUGCGGUAUAUUUCAGCCGUUGAAGAAGCAUUUGCGAUGGAGGAUAUGCUCGCAUAUCAUGCAAAGAAGGGAGUUCGUGUUGGGAGACAAGUUAAGUGGAUUGAAGUUGAAAAGGAUGAUUGGACGGUCUACAAAGAUCUUUGGAAAGAAAGGGACGAUGGGGAGAAAAAGAAAAGAGAUGCGCUUCUUACACUAGAUCGGGAUUAUCCUCCGUGGCGAGCUGCUAAUAUACGUGCUGAUGAGGAGAUUCCGAGGGCGAGGCAAGUGGUAAACACAGCCUGGGAGGACGACUAG